CGAUCGUUGGCCGUCACCGCGCGAGGACGGCGGAGGUCGUCCUUGGUCCGACUGUCGGGUUAUCCGGUUGCGCGCGACGCAAUUGGUCGACGGCUCUUCCGUAAGCCCCGCCUACCAGGUGGCCGUUCGAAAGUGUGUAGUCGCGUUUCUUUACGCCGAAACUACGGGCGCUGCUUCUUCUCAUCCUAUUCUCCGCCGGGCUACGGGCGUUCAGAGCACCGCGGGAGAGAAAAUUCCGGGAGAUGAGUCGUGCCGGCGCGGUAAUAUGCGACGGUUGAGCGGGAUCCGAGCAGGUGGGAAAUCGCGAGCGCGCUCGAGGGUGGUUCGCCGUUGAAAAACACAUCGUUCGCACGGGGUGCUACGAGCUGCGUGAUCGUGUCCAGGGGGGGAGGGGGAACUCCAGAUCCGAUCGCGGGGUACAACAGUGUGGCGACAGUCGUAAGAGAGAGAGAGAGAAGGCGACGGAGCCAGGGAGCAUACGGCAACUGUGCGGGAGAGGCGGCGACGGACGGCGCGCGUCGGUGGAGAGGUGGUGGUGUUGAGCGUGCGGCGAGAAGGAAAAACACGUUUCGCGAAGGAACGUCUCGUCUCGUCUCUCGCGUCGGGAGUUCCGGCUGAGGGAUUAUCAGUCAUCGGGUGUCGUUCACGCGGUGUUCGUUUCACGCGCGCCGUACGGCGCGAAAUUCGCGCCGCGCGAAAACUCGUGCGCUUCGACGUUAAACGGCGGUGAGAAAAGAGGCGAAAAAAAAAACCGGAGGCUGGACCACGUAGAAACGCGCGAGUGCCGAAGGAGAGAGAUAGAUAGAUAAAGGGAGAGAGAGAGAGAGAGAGUAGUGUGCGUUGUCGUCGUGCGCUGCUUCACGGCGUUGCCCGAGCAGCCAGACGAGCGGAGGACGUCAGCUGUGUGGUGCAGCGCCAGGGGGACCGUGAGUCGUGCGCGAGUAGGAGCGAGACGGUGCGGCGCGAGCGGAGCGAGCGAGCGAGCGAGACGGUGCGAAGCCGCACACGGCGAAAUGGGAGACGAAGAAAUGGCGCUGGUGCCAGAUGUCCAGUAUGGUUUGUCGUCCCACGGCAAUUUCGACGAGCGCAAAUCCCUGAUAUUUGUGAAGCUCACCGACUCGUCGCAACGUGCCAUCAAGGAGUACCUCAAGAUUAAGCAUAAGAUCGACGAGAAACCUGAUAUACAGUUCCUAAGAAAUGAAGGGCAACUCAGAAUUCCAUCCAUCAAAGGAAUGGCCAGAUUCAACUUCAGCAUCUCCAGCAGCCAGGACAUGGAGGGUUCCCAGGGCGGCUUCGAGCUUGCCCAGCAGACCGGCCCUAAGAGCCUCGAGAGCCUCGGCGCUAUAUCGUACAGGAUGCGGAUACAGGCGAACGAUGACGUUUACGAGGCCACCAGGCACAGAAUGGCCGUCGCCGAGGAGAAUAACAAGAACAAAUGCACGAGGGUAAUCAAGGCGAACGGUCCAGAUAUCGGACGCAAGGUGAAAGUGAAAGGAACCGGAAGGACAAUACCUCCUCCGUCGUAUGCAAGGCACCGUAUGGAAUCCACGAUGAGCAUUCCAACUUCCGGCAAUAGUCAGUCCAAAGCUUCAACCAACAAGUCCAUCGCUAAUAAUAGUAGUAGUAGUAGUGGUUAUACCCUUCUAAUGGCGGCUCGCAAUAUCGAGAGAGAGAAGAAAAUUUCUGACAUUAUGCGCAGGCCACUUAAGGAAAGACUUAUCCACGUUCUUGCUUUGAGGCCCUACAAGAAGCCCGAGCUCUACGAUCGCAUCAAUAAGGAGGGUUUGAGGGAUCGCGAGCGACCCGUCAUGACGACGAUUCUGAAGCAAGUGGCUUACAUGCGCGACAACGUGUACCAUCUGCAAAGGCACAUCUGGAACGACGUGCAGGAGGAUUGGCCUUUCUAUACCGAGCAGGAGAGGACAAUGCUGAGGAGGCGGAAACCUCAGAACCUUACGCCACCCGGCUCGAGUGACGGCGGUUCCAGCGGCAGCGGUCAGUCGCCCAAUUCCAUUCACGCGGGCUCACCGCCGGCAAUCACGGCACCCCCGCCCAAUUUGGUUGGCAACAAGCGGCCGGGAUACUACCAGGGUAACGACGGGCUACCGACGAAGAAACCGCGGAUAUCGCACUAUAAGAAACCCGAGCCCAUCUCCUUCAUCCCCGCCGGCGAGAGGGUGUCUGGCAACAGCGGUUAUAGUAAUAAUAACAGUGGUGUUAGUGCAACCGCCGGUGGCGACCGUGUCGAUCGUACCGUUAACAGUGGUUGUGGUAGCAGCAAUAGUGGUGGUGGUGGUGGUAGUAAUAGUAACAACGGCGGCGGCGGUUUCGACGGUUGGGAAUCGAGGCAGCAGUCGCAGCGUGAACGCAGCAGCAGCGGCCGCGUCGAUUACCGGGCCGAAAGGACAGCAAACAGUGACGUAUCGCGAGGUACUGGAAACGUCUACAGUGAUGUCGCCCUCUCUAACGCCAUCGCCGCGGUGAGAACAAACGAUUCCAAUCAAUCAUUGCGCUUGACACCGUUGUCGCCUGACGACAGUGAAAGGGGCAACUACCACCAGAACGAUGUCAUUGCGGCCAAUGAAACUGCGGGCAGCGGGGUGAGAGACAGGAGCGAUAGGAGUCGAGGCGUGAGAGAAGAGAGAAACAAAGAGAGGGAAUCCAGGAAUAGGAGUAGUAUCGUGAAUGAUGUUAUCUAUGGUGAAACCUCCAGCAGCGCUCCUACCUAUGCCGAUAAUGCCAUUGAUAGUGCCGCGCUCUUGCCGCCGAUUGACGGAUUCGAAAGGCUGGGAAACAUCGGGCAAUAUUUCGACUAUCGCACGGAAUUUACAACAAUAAGCAGUCAGGAGCAGAAAAGGCGCUACAGAGAGGAGUUCACCAGGAACUACGAUGAAUACUGCAGGUUGCACUCCCAAGUGCUCGUAAUCGCGAACCGCUUCACGCAUUUGUAUACACUAUUGCAAAGUCAAAAGGCAGCGGGCAACGUGCUCGAAAGCGUGGAAACCACCGAGAAGAUAGUUCGCGAGUACAAGGAAAUUAAGCAGAAUCGGGUGUACAAGCAGAUGAAGGAACGGUUCGACUAUCUGCACAAUAAACUGAGCCAUAUAAAACGUCUGAUCUUGGAGUACGAGACUGAGCUCCGAGAAAGAAUGACUGCGAAUAGCAUUGAUAGUGGUAUACUUAGCUCCACCGGCUCCGUGAAUGGCAUCGGCAGCAACAACACCGGAGGCAUCGACAAUCGGCAUUACUGACAUAAACUGAAAAGACCGCCUCUUAUUCCUCCCCUCCUCCUUGAUACUGUCAACGUUGUUGCCGUAGAAACUGCAUUUCCGCGGCAAGUGCUAAGGCUGAUCUUUCACGGUCCACAUGGUUCCUGUGUUCCAUCGCCGAAAAAAAGUCAAGCGACUCCAAAUGGCUCGAGGUUGCAAGAUCUCGUGUACGAUGUUUAUCGUAAAGCAUCUCGCGACGGUGAAUAUUACGCAUCGCACGCGAAAUACUCUUCCUGCGAAUCUUCCUCACGUCUCCGUUGCACGAGGCGACGAUUUCCACGACGGCGACAACCCCGCCGAUUCUCGUCAUCACGGUAAGGCUCGCGCGCGCCAACUUCGACUAAUACUAUUUUGCAAGUGGUGAAGGCUGAUGACAAUCGAGUACAUUCAAGAAAUAGGCAAACAAGAAGACCCAUACCCAUUCGGAAGUCCAUCGAGACAUGGAAAAUAAGGGCAUUCUGACCAUCUACGAACGUAAAGUAAAAGUGUGCGAUGGCGUAUGGAGAUUUUAAAGCUGGUCCCGUGACGACUGACGAGGAAGACGUUGUAGAAAAUCGAAGAGAGAAGGCGCAACCGGAAAGAAGUAGUUAUACUCUGUAAUAAGUUACUUACCGUGCGCACGUCCAAGUGUGUCGUCCACUUUAAGAGUACGUAAAUAAGAGAAAAGUAACAAAAAAAAAUGAUAUGAUUGUGAGAAGAGGGUCCAAGAGAUAAUAAGGCUUACCGCGUGCCACGUCCGGGUUUCUUUUUGUCCGCCGGAAGGAGGAAAGAAAACUGGCUCGCAAGACACUUAUAACAUAUACAAUUUUAUCCAUGAGCUGGCACGAAUCUCUCGCGCGCGAUUCGUGCGUUGCUCGUCGCAACUUGAGAAAGGGC